AUGGCGCCUUCCACAGUAGCAACUCAGCCACGGCCGCAGUGGUCGACCAAAUUUGAUACCCUGCGCCGGCAUGAGCUUUUCCGAAACCCACCCAGAGACGAGACCGCCUUUCCCAUGCUAGCUGAAGCCGUCGCGCCCCAUACCGAAUCCUUCAACGCCAUCUUCUGUGCCGGCGGCCAGCUGAGCGAGGGUAUCAAGGAUAUUGGCACCAAGAUCUUUCUCGACGGCAACCCAUACGCAGCACCCGAAGAGGCAGGCGCACGCAACCGACUCUCUCUGCGUAUACAGGAUGUUUUCCUCGACAAGCCAGCCCUGCCAUCCACCAACAAGGUCGCUCUCAAGAACCGCAACAUCCUACCCUCAGAGGCACGAGAACGACAUGCUACCUACCGCGGCAAGAUGCGCGCGCGACUCCAGUGGAGGAUCAACCAGGGCGACUGGCAGGAAGAAAUGGCUGACUUGGGAUCCGUACCAAUUAUGUUGAGAUCCAACCGAUGCCAUCUUGAAGGCUUAUCCCCCGCCGCACUGGUCAAGUCAAAGGAGGAAAGUGAAGAGUGUGGAGGAUACUUUAUCGUCAACGGAAACGAAAAAAUGAUCCGCCCUUUGCAGGUAAACCGCCGCAAUUACCCAAUGGCUAUCAAGCGCGGUGCCUUCACAAACCGCGGUCCCGGUUACACUCAAUACGGUAUACAAAUCAGAUCGAUGCGACCCGACCAAACAUCGCAAACGAACGCUUUACACUACCUUGAUGAUGGCAACGUAAACUUCCGCUUCUCGUGGCGCAAGUCAGAGUACCUAGUCCCCCUGGUCAUGAUCAUGAAAGCCCUUGUCGAGACCAACGAUCGGGAGAUUUUCGAGGGCCUUGUGGGCGCAGCUGGCUCAAAAGGUCUUCGAGAGAAGCAAUUCGUCUCAGAUCGUGUCGAACUAUUGCUACGUACCUUCAAAGUCUAUGGUCUACACACAAAGGCAAAGACUCGAGCUUUCUUGGGCCAAAAGUUCAAAGUUGUCCUCCAGCUACCUCCAGAUAUUAGCGACUUUGACGGUGGUACGGAAUUUCUUCGGAAAAUUGUACUGCCUCAUCUUGGUUGCGUAGCGGUUACCCCCGCCCAGGAUGCCGACAAGUUUCGAAUGCUCCUCUUCAUGACCAGGAAGCUCUACUCUUUGGUCGAAGGAGAGUGCACUGUCGACAACCCGGAUGCUGUCCAGAGCCAGGAGAUUCUACUAGGCGGACAAUUGUACGGCAUGAUCUUAAAGGAGAGACUAGAGGAAUGGCUCAACAGCUUCCAGUUGGCUCUGCGUGAAUGGGGCCGGAAAACAGAGUACAAGCCCAUUGUCUCGGACGACUUUAGACGGGACUGGACCUCAAAAAUACUCCGUCGAACAAAGAACAACAUUGGCGAUGCAAUGUCUUACUUUCUAAGUGGCCUGGACAUGCAACAAACAAGCGGAUAUACCGUGGUCGCUGGUUUAUUUCCCACUUCCGUAUGGUACACAGAGGUGCCUUCUUUGCUCAGCUCAAGACAACCACGGUCAGAAAACUUUUACCCGAGUCUUGGGGGUUCAAUUGCUACAUCAAAUGUUGAUGUUUCGGCGAUUCCCAAGCUUGUUGCGAAAUUGGGCGUCUCACGUGACUCCUCCGCCUCUCUUGAUGAAAGCGUAGUCGUACAGCUGGACGGCAGAGUCCUGGGCUUCUGCUCGCCUAAGCAAGCCAAGGUCGUCAGCGAUACGCUCCGCUACUGGAAAGUAGAAGGCUCGCACGGUGUACCCCUGGAACUGGAGAUUGGUUAUGUUCCCAACUCAAACAACGGACAAUACCCAGGUGUCUACAUGUUCUCGCAAAGCGCAAGGAUGUAUCGACCUGUCAAGUACCUACCUCUCAACAAGCUGGACUACGUAGGUCCGUUUGAGCAGCCCUACAUGUCCAUAUCGUGCACAGAUGCCGAGAUCGUAUCUGGCGACUCAACACAUGUUGAAUUUGACCCAACGAAUAUCUUGUCGAUUGUGAGCAAUCAGACGCCCUUCUCGGACUACAACCAAUCCCCCAGAAACUUAUACCGUUCGUGUCAAAUGGGUAAGCAGUCGAUGGGUACGCCCGCCACUUCUUUGGACUACCGGACAGAUAACAAAGCCUACCGGUUACAAACUGGUCAGACCCCGAUUGCCCGUCCUCCCCUGCAUAACAAAUAUGGUUUGGACAACUUCCCAAAUGGCAUGAAUGCUGUUGUAGCUGUCAUAUCCUACACAGGAUACGACAUGGACGACGGGUUUGUGUUGUCUCGCGGGGCCCACGAAAGGGGCUUCGGCCAUGGAACAGUCUACAAAACCAAGAUCCUCGAUUUAGAGGAAGGAAGCCGAAAAAACCGGUCGAAACGGACGGUGACCAAACUUUUUGGGUUCGCCCCUGACAGUCUAGUGGAAUCUAAGCCCAAAGAAACUCUCGACGCAGAUGGUUUGCCUCGUGUUGGAACGAUGUUACGGUCUGGUGAUGUUAUCGCAGCCUGGCACACCGUUUCGUACGACACAGCCAUGGAUGACUACACCAACAAAGAUGGACAGACGCAGUUCUUCAAGUACAAAGAGGACGAAGUUGCUUAUGUUGAACAAGUCCGCAUCAUCGGCUCCGAGGAUGGAACACAGCCCUGCCAGAAGCUAUCUAUCAAGCUCAGGAUCCCACGUUCUCCCAUUGUUGGCGACAAGUUUUCGUCUCGACACGGCCAAAAAGGAGUCGUUUCGCAGAAGUUUUCUGUGGCCGAUAUGCCUUUCUCAGAGACUGGUAUCCAACCCGACGUUAUAAUCAACCCCCACGCUUUUCCCUCACGAAUGACGAUUGGCAUGUUCAUCGAGUCGCUAGCCGGAAAGUCUGGAGCACUCCACGGCAUGGCUCAAGACGCGACGCCCUUCCAAUUCGAUGAGCAGAACACGGCAGUGGAUCACUUUGGUCAACAGCUCAUGAAAGCCGGUUAUAAUUAUUACGGAAAUGAACCCAUGUAUUCGGGGUUUACUGGCGAGGAAUUGCACGCAGAUAUCUACAUUGGCGUAGUCUACUACCAACGUUUAAGGCACAUGAUCAACGACAAGUUCCAAGUCCGUACUACUGGACCGGUCAACCCUACUACAGGCCAACCGGUCAAGGGACGUAAGAAGGGUGGUGGUAUACGAGUUGGUGAAAUGGAGCGCGAUGCGUUGAUUGCGCACGGCACAGCUUUCCUCCUCCAAGACCGCAUGAUGAAUUGCUCCGAUUACACAAAAGCUGCCAUCUGCCGCAGCUGCGGCUCAUUCCUUAGCACGACACCGACGGUCAGCGAGUAUAGCCGUAAGAAGGACAAGGGUGGCAAGGACAUCACGAUUCGCUGCAGGAGGUGUGCCAAGCUGGCUGAUGCGGUGACCAGCAAGGCCGACGUAUGGAUGGACGCACAGGGGAUGCGGUAUGUAGGGGGUGAUGAUGUCGCGGUUGUCGCGGUACCUGGUGUGCUCAAGUACUUGGACGUAGAGCUGAGUUCGAUGGGCAUCAGGAUGAAGUUCAACGUGAGCCCGUAG